GAUUCUUCCCGUUUCCCAUCACAGCUUCUCCUCCGAGAAAAGAGAAUGCCUUCUUCGGAGAAACACCUCCAAUCCCUCGUCUCAGCAGCCCGCCCCUUCCUACGUGGCGAGCUCUCAUCCGUCGAUCCUAACCUCCCGACCCUCGUCUCCGUCCUCCGAUCCGUGGGCGCGGGCGAGUGCUGGCACAAGCACGGCAGCUUCCUCGAUCACCUUGUCGACAUCUACCGCAUCCUCAAGCUCUGGGGCGCACCGAAUCCCGUAGCCCUCUGCGGCCUUUUCCACUCUGCUUACUCCAACUCCUAUGUAAACCUCGCCAUCUUCGACCCGUCCACGGGCCGCGACGUCGUACGCGACCACGUAGGCGCCGCCGCCGAGCGCCUCAUCCACCUUUUCUGUAUCGUCCCACGCCAGCCCCUCAUCCAUGACGACCUCCUCUUCCAUUACUCUGAUCGGGACCUCGUCGAACACCUUGCGCUCUCUGAGGCCUCGCUCUGCAAGGCGAAGGAGCAUGGCGUUUUCUCGCCGGACGAAGGCUGGAGGGUGAAAUUGUGCUCCGUCCUCCCCGCCGAGGGAAUUUCGGUCAAGCACAUCAAGACAGGGGAGGACGUCCAUGUCUCGAGGCGGGUCGUCGCCAUCUUCCUCCUUAUGACGAUGGCCGACUUCAGUGAUCAGCUGUUCGGGUUCCAGGACCGCUUGUUCGAGAAUUCGAACGGGCGGCUCGAAUUCUCCGGUAACGACGUGGGGUCCACGCUGUGGCCCGGCGAUGGGAAGCCAGGGCUGUGGGUGAAUUCAAUAUCGAGGAUGGGGGCUCUUUACGCGCUGAUCGUGAGGGAGGAGGAGAUUCUGAUGGAGGAGCGAAAAAGAGGCGGUGGGUGUUUGUUGAAUGGUCGGGAUGAGGAGAUUGAGCUUGUGAUUCCGCCUGUUUUUGAGAAUUGCAGUAAGGUUUUGGACGCUGGGGAGCAGAUAGCUGCAAGGGAUUUGUAUUGGGAAGGUGUUUGUGGUGGGGCUGAGAAAGCUGAAGGCCUUCUUUUGGAGAGUAUUGAGAAGAACCCAUUUGUGGGGGAGCCACAUGUGGUGCUGGCCCAGGCGUAUCUGAUCAAAGGGAGGUUUGAGGAGGCUGAAAGAGAGGCUGAGAUGGGGUUGAGACUGAUGUUGGAGUGGGCCAGCCCUUGGGAUAAAAGAAUGUCUUGGGAAGGGUGGGUGGCUUGGUGUAGGGUCCUUUUGAUGAAGGCUAAGGAGAGGUCAUGGCCCACCACUGCUUGGGGGGUCCUCAACCUGGGUCUUGUUAGGUGAUAGGGUUGAAGUAGAAAUGAUCACAUACAUGCACUUUGAUGUGAGCUUCACAUACACAGCUUCUUUUUUCUAGCUAUUUGUGUCAGUUGGUGUAAGACAUCCUAGCUGUUCAGAAGGUGGGCCACACCAUGAGGAUCAGGGUCGUCAUUUCAUGGGGCAAGGCCUCAAACUUUCAAACCAUUACUACUGAUGAUUCCCCACCUAAUGAAUGGAUCACCCUCAAUUUCACAGUAGAUGACUUUCAUGGUAUGUCCCAUCUCUUACACAGUCCACAUUGGCAGGAAAGAUGGGGCUGUAUUUGUAAGCUCACACACAGUGCUUGUAUGUUAUCAUUCCUUGUGCAUGUAUAACCCUUCCAUGCAAACAAUAACCCCAGCAGGACCAUCACUGAUCUUAAAAAUAAUAUUGAGCCGCUCAUUAGAUGGGCCCACCUAUACCUAGAGUCGGAUCCUUGUUGUCCAAGGAGUGAACCACUUGAUGAGUGGUUCGUCUUAAUUUUUGUGUAGGACCAUCUUCAUGGUGGUGCCUACUGUUUGGACGGUAUUGAUUUCUUCCACGAUUGGCAUGUUUUAUGGAAAGAUGGUUUGGAUAACAGGUUAGGUGUUGUCAUGUAGGUGAUCAGUUCUCUCGAAGCAGUGUGCGAGUAUGUGGAGAGAGGGACGGUGAUUAGAUAAGGAAAAUUAAGUUCUAGUCAUCGUAGAAAGAGUACUUGUUUGCAUUAAUAAAAGGUUUGCUUUGCAUGAA